UUUUGCCAUGGCAUUCGACAACUCGCCCGCGACGACGUUGUGCUUCUUCAACGGAUGCUACAACCCCGUUUUGGGCGACGACUGGCGCUGCAACUUUCACCGAGCCCGCUCGCGCUGCCGCGUCGAUGGAUGCAGCAGCCAAGUGUACGCCCGCCGGCUGUGUGUAAAGCACGGUGGAAAGAAACAAUGCCAGGUUGACGGCUGCCACCGCAAUGUUCGCCUUGGCACGCUCUGCACGCGUCACGCAGGGCCGAUUAUCAAGAAGAAGUGUAUCGAGCCUGGGUGUGUCAACUUGGCCCACAACGUGAACAAGUGCGUGCGCCACGGUGGCGGAAGGAAGUGCAAGUUUGGAGAAUGCUUGACCCAUGCCCGCAGCGGCGGCUACUGCUGCCGACACACACGAGUUGUGAAGGAACUUCGAGUUGCAGCAGCGGCUUCGUCGUGUGCGAUCUCUGAGGACGACGACGACAAGUCCGUCGUAUCCGAUGCGAUCAAGGGCGUCACCGACAUCGACCCGAUGAAGUGGACGCAUUCUGCCGAGCCCGACAUGGCUGAUUUGUGGAGGAGCGUCGAUUGGAGCGACGCAAUGGACGAGAUCUUGAUGCAAUCCAUGGGGGCAUGGACGUCGUUGGUGGCUGGAGGAGUCAUCACAGACGACUGGUGCUGAUGGACGUAGGGCAGGACGUAUGUCCAGUUAACUUAACUUGCUUGGGAGUCAACCUGAUCGAGUUUAUCGGACUACGAAGAGCGGUGAAGUGUGUUUGUUCCAGCUUCACAUUUAUGCUGACCCAACCCCUCGCCGCGAGAC